AUAAACAAAUCAAAGGACAACAACAUUCACAAAGGGCAGGGAGCAGACGGGGAAGAGGUGCCUUUAUAAGCGGGGCGGUGGCACAGUGCCGCACAGUUCGGGCAGUAGCCACUCAGGAGUUCUGCAAAACCUCACCUCAGCCACCAUGAAGUUUCUGGUAGUGAUGUGUCUGCUGGCCGCCGGCGCCAACGCCCAGUUCGGGAAGCACGGCAUCAUUAUGCCUGACGGCAACAACGUGCAGUUCACCCACGAGCAGUCCGAGAACAUCCUUCUGAUUGGACCGAGCGGCGCCAUCACAGCUGACGGAAAACAUGUGCAGCUGGAUCGUGAUGGCCUGCCCCGCACCAAGCGUGAGGUGGCCCUCCAGGGCCCCUCAGGCGUUCUCUUCACAGACGGCCAGAAGAGGCACCUGCCCCCCGGCGUGGAGAUCGUCCUCUUGACCGAGUCUGGCGCCGUCCUUUCCAACGGUAACAACGUGCAGUUCCGCAAGAAGCGUUCCUCCGGCCCCCUCAUCGACGCCAUCACUGGCCCCUCCGGCUUCAUCACCCCCACCAGCCAGCUCUUCCACCUUCCUGCCGGCGUGACCGUCGCCAUCAUGGGAGACACUGGCGCUCUUCUCUCUGACGGAACCGCCAUCCAGUUCUUCGAGUCACGACUUUUACAAAGGUCAGGGAGCAGACGGGGCACCAGAUGCCUUUAUAAGCGGGGCGGUGGCAUAGUGCCGCACAGUUCGGGCAGUAGCCACUCAGGAGUUCUGCUAAACCUCACCUCAGCCACCAUGAAGUUUCUGGUAGUGAUGUGUCUGCUGGCCGCCGGCGCCAACGCCCAGUUCGGGAAGCACGGCAUCAUUAUGCCUGACGGCAACAACGUGCAGUUCACCCACGAGCAGUCCGAGAACAUCCUUCUGAUUGGACCGAGCGGCGCCAUCACAGCUGACGGAAAACAUGUGCAGCUGGAUCGUGAUGGCCUGCCCCGCACCAAGCGUGAGGUGGCCCUCAAGGGCCCCUCAGGCGUGCUCUUCACAGACGGCCAGAAGAGGCACCUGCCCCCCGGCGUGGAGAUCGUCCUCUUGACCGAGUCUGGCGCCGUCCUUUCCAACGGUAACAACGUGCAGUUCCGCAAGAAGCGUUCCUCCGGCCCCCUCAUCGACGCCAUCACUGGCCCCUCCGGCUUCAUCACCCCCACCAGCCAGCUCUUCCACCUUCCUGCCGGCGUGACCGUCGCCAUCAUGGGAGACACUGGCGCUCUUCUCUCUGACGGAACCGCCAUCCAGUUCUUCGAGUAAAUCUUUCUUCACCUUCUUACUUCUGAUCCUUUCUCUAUGGCGGUUACCGUUGAGACACCUCCGUCUACAAACGAACUACUAAUGACUUCUUGAAAGUAAUUGUAAUUUUACAAUAAAAAAAAUACGACAAAACUUUUA